AAGAAAGAGAGAGGCAGGCAGGGCAGCAUUGUUAUCUUAAGACACUCAUCUGGUGUCUGAGUCUGCAGGUGACACUGCUUAGGUACGGAGCGCGGAGUCGGAGCGGGGACGCGCCGGGCUGCAGCUCUGGGAUGCAAUCCGCCUGCCUCGCAAGCUGCUCGCCGCUGCGCUGGCAGCGCUUACGCUGAGCUCGGAGGAUCCCAUUAGGACUUGCCCGGGGAUGUGCACCUGCCGUGCGCUCCGAGGUCAGUGGCAGGUCUGCAGGCAGCCGAGGGAGCGGUGAAGCCGGAAGACCUGUCUCUGCCCAUGUGCAAGGCAGUGAUUUCGGGUGAGAGAGCGAGUGGGUGAGUCUCUUUAGAGUUGGAAAGAAGGCAAAAUCUUGGGUUUCUCCUCGGCGGAGGGACAGGGGACUCCCCCAGUUGGGUCUUGCACUUCCCUUACCUCUCCCACCCCGCGUGCGCCCCGGCCCAGUGCCGAAGCCCCACUUCAAAGAUGCUCUGGGAGACCGGGAUCCUGGCUGCUCAGCGGGAAGGCAGCAGGCAAGUGGUCUAACGUUGGCGGCGGUGGCGGUGGCGGCGGCGGCGGCACCGACAGUAAAGCGGGGAGCAAGAGAAUUUGAAAAGAGACAUCCGCUCCCUCUCACACGCUGAGGGGGAGGCAUUCGCGUUUCCCCAGAUGAGAAAGAACCACAAGAAAUCAUGAAGUAAAAACUUUGGAAAGCUGCCACUGGAGAUGUUGCACAAAAACCUGGAAUCUUUUAGGAGUCUCCUCCCAGUCGUUGAAGGUUUGGGGAGCAGCUGAUACAGCAAGGAGGGCUCUUGCAAGGAUUCAAGCUGGCGCCAAAGUGUUUGACAGCUGGGCUGCAGCCAUGGAGAAGACAGGAGCAUUCUUGACUCUUACUUCCCCUCUUCACCAAAAAUGGAGCUGGCUUUGUCUCCCAGAAUGGAGUGAUGUGUGCUGCAGUGUGGGCACAAGAAAGGAGCUCUGAGCCCUGGAGGAGCAGCACAGAGCGGGAGAGCGUGGCGAGAGAAUGAAGAAACCAACCGCCCGGGAGAAGCAUGAGGUGGCAGUGUGGCACUCGGUUUAGAGGGCUUCGGCCGGCGGUGGCCCCAUGGACAGCCCUGCUGGCACUGGGCCUGCCUGGCUGGGUGUUGGCUGUCUCAGCCACGGCGGCUGCUGUGGUCCCCGAGCAGCAUGCCUCCGUAGCUGGCCAGCAUCCCCUGGACUGGCUGCUCACAGACCGGGGCCCCUUCCACCGCGCUCAGGAGUAUGCUGACUUCAUGGAGCGGUACCGCCAGGGUUUCACCACCAGGUACAGGAUUUAUAGGGAGUUUGCCCGUUGGAAGGUGAACAACUUGGCUCUGGAAAGGAAGGACUUCUUCAGUUUGCCAUUGCCUCUUGCCCCAGAGUUUAUCCGGAACAUUCGCCUCCUUGGAAGGAGACCCAAUCUGCAACAGGUUACAGAAAAUCUGAUUAAAAAGUACGGCACUCAUUUCUUACUUUCUGCCACCCUUGGAGGAGAAGAGUCCCUGACCAUUUUUGUGGACAAGCGGAAACUGGGAAGAAAGACAGAGACAACAGGAGGUGCCUCUAUAAUCGGGGGCAGUGGGAACAGCACAGCUGUGUCCCUGGAGACCCUGCACCAGCUGGCCGCCUCCUACUUCAUCGACAGAGAGAGCACGCUGCGACGGCUGCACCAUAUCCAGAUAGCCACGGGGGCCAUCAAGGUCACCGAGACCAGGACCGGUCCUCUGGGCUGCAGCAACUAUGACAAUCUGGACUCAGUCAGUUCUGUCUUGGUACAGAGUCCAGAGAACAAAGUACAGUUACUUGGCCUUCAGGUGCUGCUGCCUGAGUAUCUGCGUGAGCGCUUUGUAGCUGCAGCACUCAGCUACAUCACGUGCAGCUCUGAGGGUGAGCUCGUCUGCAAGGAGAAUGACUGCUGGUGCAAGUGCAGCCCCACCUUCCCUGAAUGCAACUGCCCUGAUGCUGACAUCCAGGCCAUGGAGGACAGCCUGCUGCAGAUCCAGGACUCCUGGGCCACUCACAACCGGCAGUUUGAAGAGUCAGAAGAGUUCCAGGCCCUGCUGAAAAGGCUGCCCGAUGACCGGUUCCUGAACUCCACAGCUAUCUCCCAGUUCUGGGCCAUGGACACCAGCCUUCAGCACCGCUACCAGCAGCUGGGAGCUGGCUUGAAAGUGCUGUUCAAAAAGACCCAUCGGAUCGUCCGCCGGCUCUUCAACCUCUGCAAGCGCUGCCAUCGCCAGCCUCGCUUCCGCCUGCCCAAGGAGAGGUCCUUGUCCUACUGGUGGAACCGAAUCCAGUCCCUCCUCUACUGUGGGGAAAGCACCUUUCCUGGCACUUUCCUGGAACAGAGCCACAGCUGCACCUGCCCCUAUGACCAAUCUUCCUGCCAGGGCCCCAUCCCAUGUGCCUUGGGCGAAGGGCCCGCGUGUGCCCACUGUGCUCCAGACAAUAGCACACGCUGUGGGAGCUGCAACCCGGGCUAUGUGCUGGCCCAGGGGCUGUGCCGGCCAGAGGUGGCCGAGUCCCUGGAAAACUUUCUUGGGCUGGAGACAGACUUGCAGGACCUGGAGCUAAAGUACCUGCUGCAGAAGCAGGAUAGCCGCAUUGAGGUACACUCCAUCUUCAUCAGCAAUGACAUGCGGCUGGGCAGCUGGUUUGACCCUUCCUGGAGGAAGCGCAUGCUGCUCACCCUGAAAAGCAACAAGUACAAGCCUGGGCUGGUGCACGUGAUGUUGGCCUUGUCUUUGCAGAUCUGUCUCACCAAGAACAGCACCCUGGAGCCUGUCAUGGCUAUCUACGUCAACCCUUUUGGGGGCAGCCACUCUGAGAGCUGGUUCAUGCCUGUGAAUGAGGGCAGCUUUCCUGACUGGGAAAGGACUAACGUGGAUGCAGCUGCCCAGUGCCAAAACUGGACUAUCACCUUGGGGAAUAGGUGGAAGACUUUCUUUGAGACAGUUCAUGUUUACCUACGGAGCCGAAUCAAGUCCCUGGAUGACAGCUCCAAUGAGACAAUCUACUAUGAGCCCCUGGAGAUGACUGAUCCCUCUAAGAAUUUGGGUUACAUGAAAAUUAACACCUUGCAGGUCUUUGGCUACAGCCUGCCCUUUGACCCAGAUGCUAUCCGGGACUUAAUUCUCCAGUUGGACUACCCAUAUACUCAAGGUUCCCAGGACUCUGCACUCUUGCAGCUCAUUGAGCUCAGGGACCGGGUGAACCAGCUUUCUCCACCUGGCAAAGUCCGACUUGACCUUUUCUCCUGCUUGCUCCGGCAUCGGCUUAAGCUGGCCAACAAUGAGGUGGGCAGGAUCCAGUCCUCCCUGAGGGCUUUCAAUUCUAAGCUGCCAAACCCUGUGGAAUAUGAGACCGGCAAACUCUGUAGCUAAUGGGUGGCCCACUUCAGCACUGGGCAAGGAGGGGAUCCACGAAUCUGGGGUACAAAGAUAAUCUAAGCCCUCACCUUAGUGCCAACAGGGUGCGCUCCCACGAGACUUUCAGCAUCCAGUAGAUGGGACCUCGAGGCUCGAGCUGAAGCAGGCGAGAGAGAAACAGCUACUGCGUGCGUGCGCGCACACAUACACACACACACACACACACACUGGCACAGGGAGGCUACAACUAAGCAGCCUCAGAUCUGUAAAGUUGAUUGGUGCUUUGUAAAAUGAAUGCAAUUGAAAGAAAGGAGCCAAGGAAGAGAUUAAGAAAAAGAACCAGCCGAACCAUGAAACAAACAAAAAUCCUAAAAGUGAUUCUUGUCAUUCAAGAAAGCAAGAGGGGACAACAAUGGGAGGGGUCGGAGCUCUUCCUUCCCCUCUGUGGAGUCACUUUUGUAUUCUUUUUAACCAGAUUUCUUAAAAUGUUGUUGUUUUGUGAAUCCUGACAUUGGUUCUUACUUUUGUAUGCUGCCUCCUCUGUGCCCUCCCAGACGCUGACUGGGAAACACAAGAAGUACAACCAACAGGAACCAGCGCCAAGGGCAGGCAGCGGCCUCCUUGCUCCCCUCCCUUACUCCUCCCUCUCUGCUGCCUCCUCCCCUCACCAAGUUUCAGGGCCCUGAAUUGUUCCCAGUUCCCCUUGUGGUCCCUUCAGAGCUCCUUUCCAACAGCAUCUCUCUGUCGAAGAAAGAAGCUCUGUCAAGUUAGAGAGAGACAAUGUGUAGGAAAUGUUCUUUUUUUAAAAAAAUAACAAAAACAAAACAAAAUUA